UAAGCAAGUACACUUGUGAUCUUUCCAAUUGUACUUCGUUUUCCCAAUUGUGCAAUUGUUUUGAUUAUUCCCGCGUAGCAUUCCAAUUAACCAUAACAGAGUUUCGAUAACAGCACAUCGCGACGGGUUUUGUUGCAUGUGGUGCGUGUGUGUGUGUGCGAAGAGCGCGAGCGUAUUGGUGUGUGUGUGUGUGUGUGUUGGCGUCUGUGUCUAGUCCGCGUUAAUUUUCUUUUUGCUGUGCAAUUUGUUGAAUGAAAAGGAAUUUAGGUGGCAACAAACAAAAUAACCAAACCGCGAAACAGUUCAAAACCAUCGGAGAGGGGAGAACGGGGAAAGAACGGCGCAAAUAACGCAACGAAACGCACACACAGAUUAUGGAGUUGUUUGACAUGGUCAAAGCGGCACCGCCGCCACUACGAGUUCGUGAGAGCCCAAGGAACUCGAGAGGUGCCUCCCAAUUGCCGGGCACACCAUCUCCGACGCCAUCGACAAAGGCUGCCACAACAGACACAUCAGCCGCAGCAUCCACAGCAGGCACAGCCGCCGCCAGCGCCUCUUCAUCGCGUCAUUUGGAAAUCUUUGAGGAUGAUCUCGUGGAGCCAUGCAAACGUUUGAGGGUUCGCCUCAAGCGCACAGUUUCCCGUGAACUCGCCGAAGAAAAAGAGCCAAAUGGCAAGGACAACGAUGAUGAUGAUAAUGAUUGUGCUGUGGGCGAUUCCUUGCUGCAUUCAUUUCCGCCCAAAACUAAGGCACAGCAAAAGUCGUUUGCGGAUCUACCCCGCAUAGCAUCCAGCGGCCAGCAGCUGAUCAAGCCGGUGUGCGUGCGGGUCAAGCGUUUGACCACAGCUGAAAUUGAGAAAUUCACCACAGCCAAGGGCAAGUACCCAGCCACACCAAUGUCCGGACCACGCAAACGCGGUCGCCCCAAGAAGCUGCCGAAUGCCAGUGACAUCACAGAUACAUCGUCUCCCUCGCCGCCAAAGAAGCCCAAGGUGCACAUCAAGGUGCCAUUGGUGCCGAGUGGCACCAAAAGUCGUGCACAUCAGCACUCGCCGACGAAGACCAAGGGGCGGCCGAGCAAAAGUAAAAAAGCGACGACAACGACACAACGUAGCCAGGAGUUAAUCAAUCGUUAUGGCACGCGUUUCUUUCGCUGCUAUGUGAAGAUAAAGCGUACACAGAUGUCGCAGAUGCAGAUGCAGUCGCAGCCCAAGGCAAGCGGCAGCGGUGGGCCAGCUACGAGCAGGGUUCAGAAGACGCUGAAGAGCCCGAACAAGGGGCGACCUCGCAAGUCCAAUCUGACGGUGUCCUUCAGCGAGUCUGUGGAGAUUUUGGGCAGCAGCCCGCGUCGCUCUGCGCUGGGCAUGAGACUGAAGCGAAAAGGUACACCGAAACCCACGCGCCUCCAGCGUGUGGAUGCAACUGGCAAUGUGCUGGAGGAUAUUGCCCUGGGCACACCAACGGGCAGGGAUAGGCGCCGCUCGAGCAACGGUGGCGCUUCGCCAAGUCGCAAGCUCAAGCGUUCAGCAUCGAGUGUUCCGGUCAUGGGAUUGGCCAGCCUGCGUCUCGACGAUGAUCAAAAGCCCGAGAACGAGAACGAUGACGAGGAUGAGGAGUAUAUCGUGCCCAACGAACUGCCGCGCACCAAACGAGAUGUCACACCGGUGCCCAAGAAGCGCAAGAAGAUGUCCGUGACGACGACCAUCAGCGACAGUGAUUCGGAGCAGGUGGAAAUGGAGCUGCCGGUGCAGAAGGAGCAGAAGGAGCACUGGGGGAAGGAGCAGAAACAGCUGAAGAAAUAUCAACAAAUAAUCCAAAAGGUUGGAAAAAUGAUGAACAAAUCAUCGAAAUUAGACGAACCGCUGAGGAAAGCAGAACAAACAGAGACAAAAACAAACGCAGCGACGCAGAAGGAGGAGGAGAAGGAGCAGGAGCAGGAGCUGGAACAGACAUUGGCAGCAAAGUGCAACAGCAGCGCAGAUAAAUUGAUAGACCAAGUAGGGGCAGACGCAGCGAAAGAAGUCGCUGUAGCAAAUGAAAAAGAAGACAAAGUCGAGGAGCAAACGGACCAAGAUGCCAGCAACUUAACCGACCAAAAGGAAGCAAACGCCGACGAAAAGGCCAACGAAGACAGCAGCCACGUGGAGGAAAAUGUAAACUCAUUUAAGGAAAAGGAAAAGGAAAACGAAGAGUGCAGCGUGCUGCCAGUGGAAAUAGUACCCGAAGCGGACUUGGGCGCAGAGGUAGAGGUGGAAUCGGAACUGGUACAAGAGAUGCGCAAGGCGAAAGAAGCCAGCAAGGAGGAGGAUCAUCUGCUCGAUCUGGUCGAUGAGACGCUCCUGGAUGAGCUGGUGCUGGAGGAAUCGGAGAAGGAGGAGCAGGAGCAGGAGCAAUCUCAUGAUAAACAUGAUAUCGAUGCGAUUAUGGAUCUGGGUGCCACACUGGAAGUGGCAGGUGAGAGCAAGUCAGCAGCAGUAGCAGCAGCAGUAACAUCAAUGCUGUCGAACGAGGAUGAGGAGGAUAUACUGGAGAUACAGGCGUCACUGGAGGAUGUGCGUCAGCUGCAUACGCCCACAUCGAGUCCGGACAGAAGCGGCCCGACGCUGCCCCAUCCACGUGCAACGUUGCGCCUCGAUUCUGGCGACUCGGAGGCCAGUUUCAAAUCGAUGAGCGCCGCGACCGAUACCUCAAUUAAUCAGGAACUCGUUGUGACACCGCCACGCACAUCGGCAGCCGCACCAUCGCCCACCUUGCCCGAUGAGCUCAUAUCCACGCACAACUGCAACAUCAACAGCAUCGAUACAACGUCCCGUGGUGGCGCAUCGCCAAUACCAGAAUCAUACUUCAGCAUCGAGCCCGAGCGCACGUCCGAGGAUGAUGAUCUUGGUCGCCUUGUGGAGCCCGACUUCAGUUUGAGCUCCAGCCGGCAUGCCAUCUCCAGGGGUACACUGGAUGACAUCAUGACUGCAUUAGACUCUUAAGAAGCUCCACAAAAAAUGGAAUAACAAACACAAAUACACACACACACACAUACACACACACGCGAAUACUCUCAACAAUUCACUGAAGAAUUGGCGACACAGGUCCAGCCCCACAGGCUGCUUCUUUUGUAUUUUUUAAUUUUCUAAAUUUCCCUAUUUCCCUUUGCCACUUAGUUCUUAAGCAACAAAAAGAAGUUUUCUUUUUUUUUUAUUGUACAUUUUAAUGAAAAUUUCAUUUAGAACGAAAAUCUUUUAGCAAAAUUCA